CCUCGUCUCCGUCACCAUGUUUCCUCUGGAGCUCCUCGCUCUCAUCUUCAUCGCCGCCUCCACGCCGCUGGAGGAGAAGAAGAAGAAGAAGAAGAAGAAAGAGGAGGAGGAGGUGGUGGAGAGUAAAUACGACCUGGUCUUCAGGAGAGGAGAUCUGCUGGAGGUCCCCAGGACUCUGUUCACUCACUUUGGGAUUUACCUGGGAGGAGGCAGAGUGGCUCAUUUCAUCCCAGACAUCCUUCCCGUCGUCACUGACGACCAGCGUCGGAUCAGAGAGAUGGUCACCAACACCAGACUCAUCCUGGGAGUUCUGGCCAAGUGCGGCAGCGUGAGAGUGGACGGCGUGGAGGACUUCGCCUACGGAUCAGAGAUACUCAUCAACCCCUUGGACAAGGUGUGCAGCCGUCCAGCGCUGCCGGGGGAGGACGUGGCCAUGAGGGCGGAGAAGCUGCAGGGAGACGUCCCCUACAGCCUCCUCUGGUACAACUGUGAGCACUUCGUCAUGUACUGCAGAUACGGCACCGCCAUGAGCUUCCAGACCUUUCAGUUCUGUAAGACGGUGAGGAGGCUGCUGCUGAGCCGGCGCGUUGCCAAGGCGACGGUGAUGCUGGCGCUGAGCUUGCUGCUGUAUCUGAGGGCGGCGACGGCCGCCUCCACCCUGGGGGCCACGCUGCUGCCCUUCCUCAUCUGGAUGGCGUCAUGACACUACACGUCUGAGUCCGUGGGUUUACUCUCUGGUCUGAGGAGACGAGUCCGUGGGUUUACUCUCUGAUCUGAGGAGACGAGUCCGUGUCGUCUGUGAAAUCUCACAAUAAAUGACCCACUGAAUGAAGCUGAACUGAAUAUCUGUUCAUUCAUUUUCUUAAGUGUCUUUAAUGCACUGAAUAUCUAUCAUCUCAUAUCUGAUUCCCUUUGAAUAAAAAAAUAUUUAAUUUGUGA